AUGGUGAUUGCUGGAGCGACCGACUAUCCACCAUUGCGCGCUAGCGCUGCGUCAGUUGCGUACAAAAGGCCACCAUCUGCCUCCGGAACGGCGACCAUGGCGACGAAGGCCCCACUGCCGCCUGCUCCGAAGCCCGUGAAAGAAGACGCUGGAAGCCUUCCUCGCCCCGAACUGUCGCCACGCGAGGCGUUAGUGUCUCAGCCUGGCGAGGGCGGUCUUCAGGCUCCGGAGCCGUCGGCGUCUCCUCCCGUCGCGCCUGCUGUCCCUCACGUUGUGCCAACUGCGGCAGUCUCUCCGCCUGGCGCUCCUCCGGCUGCCGACCUGCCCGCUCCGCCUGUGGGUGUCGUGCAGGCGAUUGUUGAGGGCGUCGUGGCGGCACAAUCGGUGGAGUCCGCCACCACUGACGUCCUGGGCCCGGCGGCGCUCCUCGCCACUCCUGCUCCCCCGUCUGCGGCAACACUGGUGCCGCCUCCGCCAGUGCUGGCGCGACCUGCUCCUGCGCCCCUUGUGACUGCUCAUCCUGCACCGCCUAUGGCUGCUCCCCUCGCUCUGCAUGUGACGGAUCUUCCUGCCCCGCUAGUGAGUGCUCCCCUUGCUCCACCUGUGGCGGGUCCGUCUGCACCGCGUGUGGCUGCUCCUUCUGCGCCGCCUGUGGCUGCUCCCCCCACGCCGUCUGUGGCGGUCCCCCCUGCACCGCGUCCGCCGUCUCCUGGUCGUCGUCAGCAGCGGCCUCAGUCCCAUGCGCCGAAUGACGAGCGUGAGACGUCGAGGCACCGCCACAACUCUCCUCGACGCCGUGGUUCUCAGGCGAACUGGUCGGCACCCCGCGGCGGGCGAGGCGGCUGGUGGGGGCCGCGUCAGCGCGGUGGCGGCUGGGCAUAUGAGCAACCGGUGACGAUGGCGGAUUUGCAGCGUGUGGUGUCUGCUGCUGUGCGGGAGGAGCGGAACGGGCAGGCGAGCCAGAGCAACUCCCCGCGUGUCGCUCCGGCCCCAGCAGCACUCCCUGUAGCUGCGCCCCCCGCCCAGGCAGCUCCUCGUCCUCAUGUGGCUGUUCCUCCUCCUCUUGCUCCCUCCACCUCGACCCCGGCUCCCCGGAGUCACAUUCGGCUGCCGUUGGUACCCCUAGUGGCGGGGGUAGAGUUUGUGACCGCGGCAGGGGGGCUAGUGACCGCGCAAUACCCGUCCCUACUGCCUGCGGAUCCCCCUCCCCCAUCUGCAGGUGCCGCGCACCCGUACCAGGCGCUGCUGGGGCCUCAGCGCACGGUUGAGGUUCCAGAGGUGACCCUGGGUCAGAUCUGGCGCCUCUCUGAGGCUCUGCAGGCCGUACAUCUGAUCCGGGUGUACGGUCACGACGCUCUUUCCCAGAGCGACUCACUGGUGGGCGGCCCUCGAGACGAAUGUCUGGACGCCGCUGAUCGCCUCGCUGAGCUGCUGGCGCCCGUGCUGGCUGCGCCCGCGCGGGGAGGGCUUGCGGGGGUCGGGCAGCUGGGUUCGGCCGUACGUGGGCUGCGCCGGUUUUUGCAUGCAGUGACUGGAUCCGGGGCGAUCGCCGCAGGCACGGUGUUGGUGCUGCCGCCACGCGCUGCAGGGGGUGGCUGGGAGUUGCUGAUACGUGCUGUAGGAGAGUCCGCGCUGCCUGCAGUGAGGCCAGCGGGCUCUCUCCCGCCUCCCCUUCCGGUGCCUCCGCAGCCGGUGUCGCACGCUGGUGCACAUCUCGUGCCCCCCCUUCCCGCUCAGACGCGUGUCGCUGCUGAUCCUCUGUCUAAGCCUCCUCAGCGGCAGCAUCCCCUUGUUUCUCUUGACCCCGCACCCGUCGCUCGUUUCCCUCCGCCUUCGCCUCGUGCACAGUCUCCCCCGCUUCCGCCCGACGCACCUGAUCCUGAGGACGACGAGAAGUGGUGGAACGGCGAGCUGUGGGAGUCUCCUCCGAUGUCCGGGACGACGUGGGGUUGGGACUGGGACAUGAAGUCCGACUUCGUCCUUGAUGUCCUCCGUUGGGAGCGGCGCAUGAUUGGUGUUGGCGAGUGCCUCUCCCACGUGGCGACGGCGCUGGAGCAGUUGCAUGCUGGUCUGGAGGCGCGGAACUUCGUGCUGCGGGAUCCCCAGCUGGCCGAGCAGCAGCAGGGUGUUGUCCGUGAGGCUGCGGCGCAGGGCUUGUGGAGGCUCCUCCGCUUGCCCCUGGAGUCCGAGCAUCCUGACGAGAACGAGGGGCCGGGCGCGAGGGCUUUCCGCAGGGUCGCCACGGCUGCCGAAGAAGCACCCCUGCAGCUUGUGCCUGCCCUCACGUCAUUGCUCCGCUGGAUCCGCCGGCGUUUUUACGUGUUGAACCACGUUUCGUGUUCUCCCCCUUCUGGGCCUUGCCAUUUGCCUUUUUGUUCCCCAUCCUUUCCCCGUCCAACUUACCUUGCCCGUGGUGUUUGGGCGUAG